AAUGCCCCAUUUUAUUUCUAAAAGAAAUCCUUCAAAACCAUUACCAGCCAAUUUAGAACAACAAAAAAGAUCUACAACUCUCUUUGGUAAUUAUGGAAGUACAGCUUGUAGACUGGCACGUCAUUUGCAGCAAUUCCACAGACAACACAGUUCUCCAGCGAUGAUGGGGGAUGAUGAAAAUAAUUGUGGGGAUGACAGCGAUGUUUUUUCUUUAAAGUAA